AUGGAUAUCGGUAAAAUUCUGGACUUUGCGCCAGAUACUGAGUUACGCGGCGAAAAUCCUUUCGAGCGGACGGAAAUCGAGCGGCAAAAGAAGGCGUAUGGAGAGCCUGACAGUAAAAAGAGCAAAUUUGCUCUUCCUGCAUACAUGGAAUCCGUAAGCGACGGAGUACGAUUAACAGAGGAAGAGCUCGAAGAGCGACGACAAGAACUCCUGGCAAAAGCGGAAAUCGACAAUGGCGAGCAGGAAGACAUGGACGAAGCUGCUGUCCGAAAGCUUUUCCUCCUUUUCGACAAGAGAAUGAAAAAGAACCAAGACCAGAGAAUCAAAUACGCGCAGAAACCUGAGAAAUACAUGAAUAGCGAAAUGGAUCUUUAUGCUCAUAUACACGAGAUAAAACAGCUUGCCACACAGCCCGAGUUGUAUCCGCUUUUGGAACGAAGAUAUAAAUAA